CGGUGGCUUCCCCUUGCCUUUAAGAACCCGUCACGUCUAGGAGAAUAACGUUGUUGGCUCGUUAAUGAUGCGUCACCUGAACCCGUCCACCAACCGGUGACAAACGAGAAGGAUAGGACUAACAGUAGCUGCAUAACUGUACCAGGAGCAUACGAAUGAAAAAAAUACAUAAAGAAGAAAAUAGAAGAUAUCACUGCAUUCCUGUUCUAUGAGAACAGCAACGGUACACAGGCACAUCUGUCUGGCAUAGGGAAGGGCACCAACCGAAUCUACUCGGGCUCUUACACAGCUACCAGCGGAGAGUAACCAGCAAGUCCUUGAGGACACCGUGCGUCAUCCUGCAAAAAUCUCAAGCCGUAUUUUUGCACGUCGGUUGACAUUUUACCUAGACUUCUUCAGUGCAUCGGUUUGGGUUCUGUUGUCCACUGCCUGAAAACUAAAAUAGCAACAAGGUUGUCAGUUCGUCGAAUUGAUUUAAUGGUUGUCGACAAAAAUAUUACUGCUGCUCGAAAUUGUGAAGGCUGAGCCGUAUUCUUUCUGUUUUUGGACUAUUAACUCCCCGAGGCGUCCAAAAACAUUAUAUUGCUGGCGAAGGGCGUUACGUAAUAGUUAAGGACAUUAUCCAGGGGACUGAAACAUAGCGGCGUAUACCCCGUGAAAAUCCGUGUCACCUUGCGCAAAAUCACUCAUGUCAAAACGGAUACUUUAGCGGAAUUUUAUGUACUAGGGUUUGAAAACGUAUUGCUUUUAUUUUUGAACGCGAUAUUCUGAGAAGAAGAUACUAACUUAAAACCAAAAGACGCCACAUAUAGACACGCUUUUAAAAGGCUGCCCUUGAUUUGGUCUUUUUUUUUGUCGGCAAACAACCUAUGCCUUUGGCCCACCGUCCCACUUCUUCCGGUGAAAUUGAUUCUUAAGGUGCUUCACGCUAAGGGGAGAAAAUGUCGGGGCAAACGCUAACAGAUCGUAUUGCAGCUGCGCAGUACCAACUGACCGGAUCAGAUGUGGCUCGUGCGGUCUGCAAAGCCACCACGCACGAGGUGAUGGCGCCCAAGAAGAAACACUUGGACUACCUGAUCUCUGCCACCAAUGAGACGAAUGUGAACAUUCCCCAGCUGGCUGACACAUUGUUCGAGCGGGCGACAAACGCCAGCUGGGUGGUGGUCUUCAAAGCCCUUGUCACCACCCACCACAUGUGCAUCCAUGGAAAUGAGAGGUUUAUACAGUACCUGGCCUCCAGGACUUCUCUCUUCAACCUGAGCAACUUCAUUGACAAAACUGGCACCCAUGGCUACGAUAUGUCCACAUUCAUCAGACGAUACGGGCGAUACCUGAAUGAGAAAGCUUACUCUUACCGCACAAUGGCCUUCGACUUCACCCGAGUCAAGAAAGGUGCUGAUGGUGUGAUGCGGAACAUGGCUCCUGAUAAACUGUUAAAGGCCAUGCCUGCCCUGCAGAAUCAAGUAGAUGCACUGCUGGAGUUUGAUGUUCAUCCUAAAGAUUUGAACAAUGGCAUUAUCAAUGCAGCUUUCAUGCUCCUCUUCAAGGAUCUGAUUAAACUCUUUGCCUCCUACAAUGAUGGAAUAAUCAAUUUAUUAGAGAAAUAUUUCAAAAUGAAGAAGUCAGAAUGCAAAGACUCGCUUGAAAUGUACAAGAAGUUCCUGACACGAGUGACCAAGAUUUCAGAGUUUAUGAAAACUGCAGAGCAAGUUGGAGUGGACAAAAAUGACAUACCUGACAUAUCGUAUGCCCCCACCAGUAUUCUGGAAUCUCUGGAGACGCACAUGAACAGUCUGGAAGGAAAGAAAGGAGAUGGGUCUCCAACAAAGGGGUCACCCACCAACAAUGUGUCGCCGACCUCCACUCCAGCCAAGUCAGGGGGGGCAGUGCCCACCCUGGAGCCGCCGCCCACCGAGGCUGCUGUGGAGCCUGUCACCGACUCCUUGUUGGACUUGGACCCACUGUCCUCCUCAGGGCCUCCUGCAGGGGGUGCUUCAGCUGCUCCUACGUCCUGGGGAGACUUGCUGGGAUCGGAGUUUGGUUCCCUUACUACGGAGACACUCCUUCCUGACCCCUCACCCGCUGUAGACUCUGCCUGUCCUGCGCCAGCUCCGCCUAGCGCCACAACUGACAUGUUUGGGCCUCCGGCAGGUGAGCCCAGCACUGCCGCAGCGGAGGGCGGGGCCGGUGAUGCUGCCGCUUCAGAAGACCCUUUUGCACCAGCUUCCGGCCAUUCACCCGUCAACCCGGAACUUGACCUCUUCUCCAUGCAGCCAGUGGAGGUCAUGGCCUCGGGCUUCAGCCCGCUGGUGCCUCCUGUCGUUCAAAGCCCCCUCGCUACAUGCAGCACCAUCUCUGCCCCCCCUGUGCCCUGUGCACCCACGGCUGCCCCUGUGGCCCCGACGUUAGAUCUGUUCAGUGGCUUUCUUGAGUCCACACCGGAACCAACUGUCCCCAAAUCAGACCCCGCUCCCAGUCUAGACGUGUUUUUGUCAGAUGUGUUUUGCCCCCCUCCUGCUGCUCUCUCGGCCCCUGUGAGUUGGCCAGACAGCGGGCUGGUUAUGGACCAGGGCAGGGAGGCUGUGACUGCGGCUGCCUCGGCGACCCCAGCAGCCCCGGCGAUCACAUCUGCUCUGCCAGCGACAUCUGCGGGGGGAGACCUGAUGGGAGCAUUCGGGGGUUUGGGAGACAUGCUCAUGCCAGCCAUGUCUGCUCCUGCUGCCUCCCCAGUGAAACCAAUGGGAGGAGACCUGGACUCCACUAUGGCCAGCCUGGCUGGAAAUUUGGGAAUGGGGAGCCAGAAACCGGGUGAGACAGCAGGAGGGGCAAACUGGCAAGCUCAGGUAGCAGCCCCUAGCUGGGGCAUGACCAUGCUUCCUCCCUCCGGGGUCUCUCCUUUCAUGGGGUCCCAGCAGCCAUUUGGCAUGCCUUCCGCACCAGGCGCUGCACCUGUGCCUGGCUCACCCAUGAUGUUCCCCCAGCAGCCUAUGAUGAGACCACAGUUCCCACCUGCAGGAGGAGCGCCUGGAGCACCGAUGUCUUCUGGCAUGGCCCAGAGCCCCAGAAAGCCACCUCCCACUAAAGAUCCCCUCGCUGACCUGAACAUUAAAGAUUUCUUAUAGAUCACCAACAGGGAUUGUGACCCUGGAGAAAUGGAUGUGUGUAUUUCUCUCUUCUGAUCAGUAGCUUCAGGGUAUCCUUUCCCCUCUUCCUCUUUCUCUCUCUCUUUCGCUGUCUAAUGUUGUACCACGGCCUGUGAAAGUGAUCCUGUACACGUGUGUGUGUGUGUGUGUGUGUGUGUGUGUGUGCGUACUUUAAUGUUAACCUUCAUUUCCAAGCUAUAUUUAAAAAAGACAAACCGUAGAAAGUAUUGAUGGAUGCAUCUUUGUACAUCAGCACUGGUGGAUGUGUUAACUUUAUUUUUCCUAGCUUGCUUUUCUGUGGGAAAUCCAGACAAGAUGUGUGACAUUUUCUGUGGAAAUAUAAUGUUUCAGUGUGGUAAAUAUCACUGCCCAAUCCUGGGCAUGCUCAAUUCAUAUGCUGUCACUGAAGUAUUAGUUGUUUCAGCCAUGCAGCUUAUGGGAACAGAUGAAUGAACAUGACACUGACAGAUGGAUUUAAAGUUCAUGUAGCAUCUCUCUUUUGGAUUCAUUACUGGGGUUUUUUUUCUGAUUUUCUCACCGGGGUUUCUUCCUCUGCUAUUGGCUACAUGCAAUGUUUGACAAGUCAUAUUGAAAAAAAAAGCAUUUUAAAAUAUUUUAUCUUUAACCUUUAUUUUGAAAUUACAAAAUGUUGGAUAUAUUUUAGUUAUGCUUAAAGUACUUUAUGUUUAAAGUACUUUAUGUAUUCAAGAUCUUGGUACAAAAUAUAUCCAUUUGUAAAAUACUUGUAUUCCUUUAUCCUGAAUGCGAUCUAGUUUAGUGUAAUGCCCUGUGGUGAACAAUGGUAGUGCACAACAGCACACAACCUACAUCAAUAAAAGCUCCUGGUGUCUGUCACGUUCAGUCUUUGCAAGGACAGAUAUGAUAUGAUGGCUUUUUGAUAUUUUGAAUCAUUGAAGUUGACUAUACAAGAGAAAAUGUGGAAAACAUUAAGAUCAUCAGAAAGACUGCUGGAACAAUGUUAUAUGGACUGUGGCUUUUGCUGGUCAGUUUUGAAUGGAAUAAUCCCCUCUAACCCUACCCGUCCUCCGUGCAUGUGGGUCCUGUCAACAUGCAAUAAACAGUUACCUGAACUACA